AUGGUUGAACCCCCUACACUGUUUUCUAAUCCAAUAAAGACUUUGUAUCUGUUUACGAUAGUCUUAUUUAAUUAUGCCAAAGAUGCAGUAAAAUAUUUAAGUAAAUUUUGGCACAUCAUUGGAUUUUUGACUUUGGUUGUGAUUGCUCCUAGAUUUGUGGAAGGAGAACACUAAGGAUUGGUAAGACAGGCUGAUGAAAUUGCAUAUUUUAUGUUAUAUUGGCUAGUAUUGGGAAUCAUGUCAUCUGUGGGUUUGGGAACUGGUUUGCACACAUUUGUGUUGUACUUGGGUCCUCAUAUAGCUAAGACAACAAUUCAGGCUUAUGAGUGCAAUGCGUUACCUUUAUUUGUGCCAUCUAAAUAUGCUACUCAAUAUGUGGAAUGUCCAAAAGAAGCAACUGGCAUUACUAUGUUUGACAUUAUAAGGCAGGUGUAUUUUGAGACAGUUCUUUUUGGAAUUGGUACCGCAAUUAGCUGCUGCAUUGGGCUAACAAGAAAUUGGAAGAUAAGAUUGUCUAUCUAUCUAAUAUUUAGAUUCCUUUAUGCAUAGAAUGAAAUUGCUUAUUUACAAUAAAUUAUAGAAAAAUGCAUUCCUUACUGUGAUGUUAUGUGCAUCAAUUCCAAAUCCCUUAUUUGUUUGGCAGGUAUCACGUGCGGUCACUUUCUGAUUUCCUUCUGGACUUUCUUCGGAGCAACUGUUUUGGGAAAGGCAUUCAUAAAAAUGCACAUUCAGUUGCCAAUGACUGUGUUUGUUUUCUCUUAGGAACCAGUCAAAGCGUUACUCAACUUGAUCCAAAAAUAUAUUCCCUUUAUAUAUUAAUUUUUAAGUGAUUUACUUGAUAAGCAGAGAUAACAAUUAAGAGAUCCUUCUCUUUUCAAAGAAGGGACCAAACCUUUGUUGGCUUAAUUGUGGGAUUAUUUCAUCAUUCUUAUGAUAGGCUUCUUUAUGAUUUCCAUAGUGAAUAGUUUGGUAGCUCAAUAUGUGACUGAGCAAGAGUAGGAGAAGAAGAAGAACAAGAAAGAUCCUGCUGAAGAUCGCAAGAACAAUAAAAAAGUAAAAAGCUCUUGA